AUGGACAACCCGAAAAUUGUAACCCCCGAUCUAGAGCCCGCAGCAGAAAACAGAAGCAGCUCACGGAAGACACUCCACCAGAAAAUCCUAGGAAAGCUCCGGCCACUACCUUUGCAGUAUCACUGGACAGUCUGGUACGAAAAGCAUUCAGAGUCCUCAAACUACGUCGAGAGACUGUAUGUGCUUCAUGAAGACGUUGCCGACAUUGGCACCUUCUACAGAGUCUACAAUAAUUACCCUUGGCACAAAGUCAAAUUGCGAGACACUGUUCACAUUUUCCGCAAGGGUACAAAACCCGUGUGGGAGGAUCCAGAGAACCAAAAAGGCGGCCGUUGGACGUUCCGCGUGCCAAAGGCCAAGAGCCAGGCGUUUUUUCAUGAAGUCGUAAUUCUCUGCAUGGCUAAUGAGUUCCAGGCAGCCCUUGAAGCUGAGCACGACCAUGUCCUCGGAAUAUCCACCUCAGUGCGCUUUAACUCCCACCUAAUUUCUAUAUGGAACAAGUCCGGCUCGAAUUUGAAGGCCAUCAAAGCCAUCGAAGAUACCGUUAUACAACGACUCUCGCCAGACCUACGUCCCUUAUCAGCCCAAUCAUAUUUCUAUAAACGCCAUGACGAGCAUGAGGGUUUCGAGGCCGCAAUGGAGGAGCACAAGGCCGCUGUGGAGGAGCACGAGGCCCCUACGAGCAGCGGCGAACGUAGAAAUGGGCCAUGA